UCGAAUAAUAAAAAAAUAAAUUAAAUAUAUUAAUAAAAUUAAAAUAUACGAAUGAAGAAGACUAGAAAAAAGAUUGGCUCAGUGAUUGGCUCAGUACGUCAGUAGCUCAGAACGAAAGACGAUACUGCAGUAUCAGUUGAUUUCUUACUCGCUUCACAGCGACCAGUUUUUUUUUUUUUUUUUUUUUUUUUUUUUAUUUAAAUUUAUUAGUUAAUAGCUAAUAAUUAUAAAUUAUUAAAAUGAAUAUACAAAGUAAAGAUACUGCUGGAAAAAUAAGCGAAAAUGUUGCGCAAAAUGCUGUUAAUCAAACUGAAUUUGGAUGGUUUAAUUGGAAAAUAUUUUUCGUAACGUCAUUGAUUAGUUUGAAUAUUGGUUUUGGUCUUGGAUCAGUUGGAUUAGUGUUACCAUCAGCAGCAUGUGAUUUUAAAAUGUCAACAAUAGCUAAGGGUCGAAUGGCAAUGAUGCCAGUUGCAGGAAUGAUAUUUGGACCAUAUUUUUGGGGUAAUUUAGUUGAUAUGAAAGGCAGAAGAGUUGGCUUAAUAUCGAGUUUGUGUAUUCAAGGUUUCGCUGAUAUUUUAAGCUCAGUAAUAUCAAAUUAUUAUGGAUUUUUAUUUCUCAAAUUUUUUUCUGGUUUUGGUUUGAGUGGCCAGCUGAGUUUAAUGUUCACGUAUAUCGGUGAAUUUCAACCGUGCAAAUAUCGUGAUGGUGUGCUGAGUUGGUUGGAAAUGCCUUGGGCUGUUGGUCUCAUGAUAGUAGCUGGUCUUGGGUGGCUUAUUAUUCCUCUUGAAAUAAGCUACUACAGUGAUUCAUUUUUUUUUUUCAAUUCAUGGAAUAUUUAUAUACUUGUUGCUGCAAUUUUAGCUCCGUUAAUUGCAUUGUGGAUUGUAUUUUUACCUGAAACACCGAAAUAUCUUGCUGAAACUGGACAACGUAAAAAGCUACUAGCAAUUUUAUCACAAAUGUAUAGAGAAAAUACUGGAAAAACUCAUGAAGAUUUUGUGGAAAGAAUAAAAAAUUUACGUAAUCCAGAUUUAGAUGAUUUAUUAAAUAGCCAAGAUUCAGUACCAGUUAAAAAGCCAUUUAGUAAAAUAUUAAAAAAUUGUUUAAAACAAACAAAAGAAUUAUUGAGACCACCAUAUUUAAAAACAACUGUGUUAAUGUGUAUAUCAGCUUACUGUAUAACAUCAUCAUAUUUUACAAUGGUUUUUUGGUUACCAGAAAUAUUUCAACGUUUUGCAGUAUUUGAAGAACAAUUUCCAGGUCAAUCAGCAUCUGUUUGUACAGUAUCAACAAUGCUUUAUUCUAAAAAUGCAACACCAAUUGUUGAAAAUGAUUUUACUAAUUGUAGAAAUACACUUAAUCCAAUAGUAUUUUCUCACAAUUUAAUUGUUGGUGCUGCAUGUGUUCCUGUUGCUCUUUGGUUACCACUGUGUGUCGAUAGAUUUGGCUACAAAUUACACUUUAUUGGUGCAUCAUUCUUGGCAAGUAUAUUGGCCUUUGGUUUAUUUUUGGUUGAAAAUUCAACGCAAAAUUUAAUUUUAUCAUGUCUGUUUGAGGCACUUGCAUCAAUAUCAAUUACCAUUGUUAUGUGUAUGCUUGUUGAACUGUAUCCUACAAAUAUUAGAGUUGUUGCAUCUGCAUUUGCAACAUUUAUUGGAAGAAUUGGAGCUUUCAUUGGCAUUUCACUUGUGGGUUAUCUUAUCGAUGAUUAUUGUGUGCCACUCAUUGCUCUCGUUGGAACGCAUUUAAUCAUUGCUGCAGUUGUUGGAUUUUUUGUUCCAAUUCAUAAAACCAAAAAAGCAUUUAUGAAUAGAGAAAAAGAACUCAGUCAAAAACAAACUUUUGAUUCAACUGUAAUUGUUGAACCAUAACACUGUCUAAUUAGUAAAUAUUAAUUAAUUUUUUUUUUUACUACUAAUGUUUUUAUAUAUACAUAGAUUUAAAUUAUAUUAUUGUAUUUGUUAUUAUAUUUCCUCAAUUUUUUCACAUACAGCAAUAUUUCUUAUAAAUAUUUUGAUACUAAAAAUAAUUUUCAAAUACAUAUAUAUAAAUAAAAUAUAUAUUUUUAUAAAGUACAAUAAUUAUUUCGAUCAAUCAACUCGAUUAUUUAUUUAUUCUAUUGUUGAAAAAAAUUUUACAGGCGCCAAAUAGACAUUUCCAUAAAUUUAUGGUGUCUAGACAAUCAAAAAAUAACAAAAAAAAAGAAGUGGUUCUUAUCUUUCAAAGGUUUUUGUUAUUUUUUCACAACUAGAAUUUGAAUAUGUAUAUUUACUUUACGUCAUGAGCGUAUAUUUUUUUUUAAAAAUGUUUAAAUAUUACGUAGUAUAAUAGUCAAGAUAAUAACCCUGGAAAACUUAACAAUAAAUAAAUAUUUCAACAUCAUUCUCCUUUCAAAGCCCAAAAAAUAUUUAAAUUGUUCAUUGCCACCGAAAUAAAUUUUUGUUUUUUCAUCAUUUCAUUGUCAUCGCUCAAGCGAUAAUCACUAUAAAAUUUUUUAUUUUAUUUUUGAGAUUAAUUUUAAAUAAAGUUAAAAUGGUUCUGCCACCAGAACCAACGAAAAA